AACGUGUCCAAAAACACACCUCACUGCAAGGUUGACACUUUAACGGGCAAAAGGCCGCACAAGAGCCUAUCGGCUAAAUAUAGAUAAAAUAAAAUUUCCUUUUGACCAAUUGUAGCUUCUGACUUUUGUAACCCUCAAAUUUCAAAACACGAAAAAAAAACAAAUGCAUUGCGUGGAUAGCAACGCUCAUUUUGCAAGCAUAUAAAUCAGCGCUAUCACGAAAUCUUCCGUUGCUUUAUUUGUUAUCGGUACUUUAAUUAGAGGAGAAGGAUUUAUCCCAGAAAGCGCUAGCAAAAAAACAGUAUUGUCUUCGCCUGUUUUGGCGGGUUUGCAACUAGAUAUUUGGUUCUUUGGUACGGUGGAUGUUAAAAUUCUCCUGUUCUAUUCAUUUUCUUGAUUUCUAAAUAUUUUCUAAAGGACGAAAUAGUAGCUGAGGAGCUACAGACAAAUUGGAGAUCCAAUUUUGUGUGGAGUAUAUUUGAGCACCAUGAAUUGGAUUAGGCAGUUGCAGAGCAGCUUUGGGAUUCCAUUCCUUCUUCUUAUUUGUCUGAUAUACUGGACUCAGGGUUUUAGAUCCUUUGCAUGGACUGCAGUUUCAUACCAGUUGAAGGAUGAACUUAAAUUGAGCCCUUCUGCCUCUCAAUUUUUGGUUUCAAUUGCAUUUUUCCCAUGGAGUAUAAAACCUCUAUAUGGAAUAUUGUCAGACUGUGUACCCAUUCAAGGCAGAAAGAGGUUGCCAUAUUUAAUUAUAGCAAGCAUCCUUUCACUGGUUCCGUGGCUUUUCCUUGGGGUCAUCAAAUCUUUGAGAAAUUCAUAUGCCUUUCUCACUAUACUUUUGACAUUUCAAAAUUUGGGUUCAGCAAUGGCUGAUGUUGUUAUUGAUGCAAUGGUUGCAGAGGCUGCAAGGCAGGAAAGGGCAGCUUAUGCUGGUGAUUUGCAGUCGCUAUCAUGGUUGGCUAUGGCAAUUGGAGGCAUAGCUGGCAGUUUAAUUGGUGGCUAUGCACUAUCUAACUUGAGGAUCCACAUGAUAUAUCUUCUUUUCUCCAUAUUUCCAACAGUUCAAUUGUUUGCCUGUAGCUUGGUUGAAGAAAAGUCUUCAAGCAGUUUUAGGACAGUUGAACAGGUAAAUACUGGGGUCACCAAUGAACAAGCACCUCCUGACAUGCCAAAAAGUAUACUUGAAAAGUCAGAUGAGAAGGGUGAUGGAGGAGAAUCUGAAUUCUCUCCACAAGUCAGUACUGAUUGUCUGGAAGAACAAGUUAUGCGAGAUGAUGAAGAUUGGGUUAAAAUCCAGAAGAAAAAAUCAGGAGAGAUUGUAGAAGAAAUUAAUGAGAGGAUGCAAGAUGAGACAUCCACGAAGGGAGAAAUAUCUGUUUCUGAGGAUAAGCAUUCCUUACUUGACAUUCACAAAGUAGAUGGUAUGAGAAGAAGGAAGAAACCUGAUGGAAUUGAGGGGGAGAAGAAAGUAUCUGAGGCUGAGUCAAAGAGAGUUGAUCAUCAAGAUCGCAGAGAAAAACAAUGGCUCCUUAAUGUGAAGUCUACAUAUAGUACUCUAAUUCAGGCAAUGAGACAACCUAUAAUUUUACGGCCAAUGCUGUGGUUCUUUCUAGCUCAAGUUACAAUUCCAAACAUCUCAACUGUCAUGUUCUACUACCAGACAGAUGUUCUCCAUCUAGAUGCAUCAUUUUUGGGAGCUGCACGGGUGGUUGGAUGGGGUGGAUUGAUGCUGGGAACAUUCAUUUAUAACCAUUAUCUGAAACGUGUGCCUUUGAGAAACAUAUUCUUGGGAACUCAUAUCAGCCUUUCUUUUCUCACAUUCCUUGAUGUCAUCUUGGUGUCACGCGUCAAUGUUUCACUUGGUAUAUCAGACAAAGCAUUUGUUAUUUGUUCAUCAGCUCUUGCAGAUGCUGUAAAUCAGUUUAAGUUGAUGCCUUUUUUGGUGUUGUCUGGGAGGCUAUGCCCACCUGGAAUUGAGGGUACCCUGUUUGCCCUUUUUAUGUCUAUAAAUAAUUUUGGGGGCACAGUAAGUUCAUUCUUUGGAGCAGUUCUAGCUUCAGCCCUGCACAUUUCAUCAGAUAGAUUUGACAAUCUUGCUCUUGGAAUUUAUGUUCAAGCUGUGUGUACUCUUAUACCGGUCUGCUUUCUGUUCUUAAUUCCAAAGAAAGCUACAGGCAGCUCAUCUCAAGAGUGAAAAUCAACUUGGAAUGCUAAAUCUGAAGGCAUAUAUGCCUCUCUAUUUGCUGGUGCAUUAUUUUCUUGUGUACAUUUGAUUGUGGUUGCACCUUCUACACUGUACGUAAAACGCUCUUUUGAAGCAGCUACAGGAGAAUGUGAUGUAAAUCAUUCUUUCCACAAUUGGGAAUUUGUGGGCCCCUUUAAUAGCUGUUAUUCGGGGGCGACAAUAGGCUCCCACAAGUUUAUUAAUCAAAUUGGCUGAAGCAUUCUUUUCUGUCUUGUUGAGCAUAGCUAUGCUUCAUGCUCUUCAUUGAUAGACUCCUAUUAAGCUGAAAGGGGAUAUGAACUCCUGAGUAAGUAGUUUCAGUUCUUGGGAACAAAUGGGUAAGACCAAUCGUGAAGUUUUAUAUUUGAUCCAACAUGCAAUAUUACUAAAUUCAUUGAAGAGUCAGAUCUCAGUUUUGUGUCAUUACAUAAGUGGUGGGUACAUCUAUUUGUAAUCUCAGUUGAUUUCACUUUGGAAUCGGGCCCAUUGAUAUAGUCUUCAGAACUUUUUCCUCUGAAGAAUGAGGCUGUAUUAUGUUGAGUACAGUUGGCUGGUCAAUUUACUAUAUAAGAAUAAGAACAUGGUGUGACAACUAGAUAUGAACAUAAUGAACAUAUCCUUGCGUGUGAGACACAAUUAUUAAAAUUUACACUUUUGUGCA